ACGAACGAGAUGCUGCAGUCCAGUUACGGCAACCGGAGUGAUCACAUCUCUCGGUUCAUUGGCGGUGAUCGGAAGAAACAAGUGAACACUAACUAAAGUAUCGCUGGGAAGAGUUAACGGCUCAGUAAUAUAAAGUCAAAGGAAAGAUAGAAAGAAAGAAACAUAGUAAGGUGAAGGUCAGGAAAUUAACGGUCGAGUUUGAAACGAACGUCGCUUGAAAAGGAACGCUUGAUUGUAAAAUUCUAGUGCGAGUUUGCUGGAAGAAGGCAGCAAAGACAGGAAUACCAGCCGGAUUGUUGGGCACAAACAGUUUCGUCAAGUGGCGAGCAUCACAAUUGUUUUGACACGUACUCCCUGAUUGAAGUAUCAUCCGGCAACAACAGCAAAAUGAUGUCCAGAAAGCUGAUAGAUGAAACGAGAGAAGACGGAGAACGCGACACGUCCGAUCAGUUUAGCAUCAGCAACUACGGGUACGGCAAGGAUAGCGUCAAAGUGUUGCACGUGGUACGGAACGGGUUGGUGCACAGUAUUAAAGAGUUCGAGGUCGGCACAAAACUGAAGCUGGCCAGUCAGAAGGAUUACCUGCAAGGCGACAACUCGGACAUCGUGGCAACUGACUCGCAGAAGAAUACCGUUUACCUGUUAGCUCGCAAGCAUGGUCUCAAAUCACCGGAGGAGUUUGGCAUUCUAUUAUGCAGCCACUUCCUAACAAAAUAUUCGCACGUCAACGAAGUCUCAAUCCACAUCGACGAGUAUCCGUGGUCUCGCAUGGGAUUCGGAAAGGGACCCUACCAAGACCUGCACAAUCACGCCUUUGUCUUCACGCCGACUGCAAUUCGGUACUGUGAUGUAACCCAGAAACGUGGUGAUCUCAAACCCACGGUCAUCAGCGGCCUUACUGACUUACGCGUCCUCAAGACGACCCAAUCGGCAUUCGUAAACUUCGUCAACGAUGAGUACCGUUCACUGCCAGAUCAGCACGAUCGAAUCUUUAGCACCAUUGUGCGUUCGUCGUGGCAGUACUCAACCAUAAAGGAUGUGGAUUUUGACUUUUGCUGGAACAGAGUGAAAUACUGCAUCCUAAAUACCUUCGCCGGCGAAACGGUGAAGGGAAUCUUCUCACCAAGUGUUCAAAAUACGCUGUACCUGGCGGAGAAGCAGGUUCUCGAAAGCAUUCCGGAAAUUUCGUCCAUCGAUAUGACGAUGCCGAACAAGCACUACUUCAACUUUGAUUUUAGCAAAUUUCCCAAAGUCAUCAACGGAGAUGAGCUGAAGGAGGAAACGGUUUUCCUACCGGUCGAUAAACCUGCCGGGAUUAUUUAUGCGCAGCUGGAUCGCAAGUCCACUGUUAAAAGUAAACUUUGAUUUUAGAAUCUUACUGUUCGCUAGGAUUAAGUUAUGACGAGUGUUUGUAAGACAAAAAAUAAACUUAAUGAUGGUACAAAUGCAA